CAGAGAAGCGACUUUUCAUAAAGAAGAACCUGCCACGGUUCUUAAAGAAGUAGGCGUAUGUCUAGGACAAUUAUUCAUUUGUUGUGGGUCCAUCCACUUUUUUGCACUCUUGUCAAUGCACUUUUUAAGGCACUUUUUUGUUGUAGGCUACAGAGUGUUGCAUUCUUUGAGCAGUCAGUUAUAGGCCUAACAUAGGCUAUUCAAGGGGGCUCAAAGAUGACCACAUAAAAAUAUUUUUAUUUUACUAUUUAAAGUUAUAUUGUGCCUUGUUGGUAGCCUGUGCCUGCUGGAAUGAAAAAAAAAUGUUCAGUGUUAAAUAAAUAUUUUGAAAUUGUAGUUUUUGUAAUUGAUUUUUUUCUUUGAAAAGCAAGACAAAAUAGUAAAAAGCAAAUUUUGACUAUUUAAUUUAUGCAAUGGUGAAAAAAAUGGCAAAAUAAAUGGAAAAAAUGCAAAAAAAUGUGUUCAGUAGUCGGCCUUCGGCCAAAUUUUUCAUUAUAUUCGGUUUCAGCUUCGGCCAAGAAUUUUCAUUUCGUUGCAUCCCUAGUUUGCAGUAAUCGGUCCUGGUUGAAUCUAGUCCAGCUGAACUCCAUUAUGAAUGCAGUUUCAUAGAUUUAGGGAAUUAGUAACUACGGGGGCAAAUAGAUUUUCACACAGGACCAGUUGGUAAAGUUUUUGCUUUAUUAAAUAACACUAUCAUUUAAAACUAUAUUUUGUGUUUACUCAGGUUCCCUUUGUUUUAGCUUAGAUUUUGUAUUAAUUUCUGAAACAAUUUAGUAUGAGAUUUACACAAAAACAGAAGAAAUCAGGAUGGGGCAAAAUUUUUCAUAGCACCAUUUUUCAAAUAGAGAUGGCGAUAGAGAGGCAAAAGUCCAGUACUGCAGCUUUAAUGAAAACCUCACUUACUCAGUUAUUCAUUACCUGUCCAUCAAAACAAUAUUAUAAAUAUAAAAACAGAAAUUAAUAUGUGGUUGUAGAACCCCAGUGUGUGAGGGUGUGGAAGAAGACUCAAGUGACAGGCAGAAUCUUAACUAAGCUCCGGGCUCAUGUUUAUUCAGACCGUGCUUUUCAGUGCACUUUCAAAAACUCAACCGAAAACAAACACUCUCUGCUUUCGCUCUGUUAGGUUCAAGUUCACAUGUCUUGGUGUGUGUAUGUCUCGCAAGUACUGCCAAGCGGACUCACGCUCUGUUUCUCUCGCUCUUGGUCACGGGUUAUGGGAGGCACUGAAAGCACAAACAGACAUGAAUAAGUAGACUGGUGGUAAUAUGACACAGGUGAAAAUCAUUACGCAUUACCUGCCGGAUCGGCCCACCUCCUCUCCAUCUACAGCUGAUGAUUGACCAUGCACCCACCUCUACAUACCCCCACCACCCAACACUGGCCUGCAGCUGACUCCACCCCCAGGCAGGAGAGGUAAUCCAAUCAUCCGUCCUUCAUGUGAUGGAGCCAUUGGAGCAGGGCGUGAUAGGAACAGAAGGUGAAAGGGUGCCCCAGCAGUACUGGAGGGUUAGGACCACCCACUUGAUGGCCAUACACUCCUCCUUGAUGGUGCUGUACUUUGUCUCCCUCAUCGAGAGCUUCUGGGUAAAAUACAGCACGGGGAGCUCCUCUCUCUUUCCACCACCUGGGACAAAACGGCCCCCAGCUCUUUGUCCAGUGUGUCAGUCUACAGAACCAAUGGGGAGAGAAAAGAAUUCAACAGCGGGCCCCCCCACAAAACCGCUUUUACCUGGCAGAAAGCCCGCUCGCAUGGCUCCGUCCACUGGACCAUCAUCUAAGUAAAGAGCGGCAUAUGCAUUGUGCAUCUCAUAGUUGACUUCUCCAACUCGCUAUGUGACCUCAAAGGGUCCUUGUCACUUUGCGAGUAAUUUCAAGCUCGAUGUCCAGAACGUACUGAAGCAGCUGUGUACAGCAUAGUUAGUACCGCCGGUACGGUAUGAGGUUCAAGUCAGGGGAUUGGGAUGACCAUGGCAGGAGCUUGAUUUUGUGAACCUGUCCAGAAGACACAGCCACUCAGUGAUCCAAUGAACAACCGUAAGGAAGAUAUGGAAAUCGCAUCACACUACCGGCAGCUCCUGCGCGAGCUUAAUGAGCAGCGGCAGCAUGGCAUCUUGUGUGAUGCGUGUGUGGUUGUGGAAGGUAAGAUCUUCAAGGCACACAAGAAUGUACUGCUAGGCAGCAGCCGCUACUUCAAGACACUCUACUGCCAAGUGAAGAAGGGAACAGAGCAACAGGCUACCAUCACACAUCUGGACAUUGUGACAGCACAGGGAUUCAAAACCAUUCUGGACUUCAUGUACUCUGCACACCUGGCACUCACCAGUAAGAAUGUUAUCGAGGUGAUGUCUGCUGCCAGCUACCUGCAGAUGACAGAGAUAGUACAGGCAUGUCAUGGCUUUAUCAGGGCUGCGCUAGACAUUAGCAUUCGUUCUGAGCUGGCUGACAUGGAGCUGGCCAAUAUAGAGAUUAGUGGCAUGGUUGGCACAGGAACGGGUACUGCUGGAGGAGCCUCUGAAGCACUGGUUUCCAUGAUUUCAGCUCGCAGCUCCUCGCCAUGGCUGGUACGUCGUACCAGUCCUGCCAACUCAUCAGGGGACUCAGCAAUUGCCAGCUGCCAUGAAAGUGGCAGCACCUACAGCAAGGAGGAACAUGAGACAAAGAGCCAUGAGGACCCAUGGCCGAAUGACUAUCGCUCACUUCAAGUCAAAGAGGAGCAGGGAUCACCAUCCACUGCUCAGGACAGGACCAGCCAAGAGGCACAGGGGACACCCAUAGAGCAGAGCAAUGGAGGUGAAGGUGGCUGGCAAGCACCUGGUUCAAGACGUAGGAAGAACCGAAAAAAUAAGGACACAGUCAGGCACAUCACGCAACAGAAUGAGGGCAGUAGUCAUGGAGGUUCUCCGAUGCCUUCCAUGAUUUCCACAGCCAGCUGGAGCUACAACAGUCAGGCCGACAUUCCAGGAGCAGAUGAGGCUGAGCCUAGUUCAGAUACCCGAGACCAGCGGAUGGACUUUUUCAUGAAGCAGGAGGAAGCACUAGCUGGUGAACCAGGCUUCCAUGGCUCCUCAUUGGCCAGUGACAGGGAAGAAGUGGUUGGAGAAAGUCAGGAGCAAGGUGGUUCUGUGGCCAACUUGCGUGCGGCGCUAAUGAGCAAGAACAGCCUGCUGUCUCUUGGAACAGAGAUGUUUAGUGAAGAAAAUACCCUGCUGUUUGACUACUUGCCCAAAGGAGGACAUUCUCUCUCCCGCUCUCACUGCUCCAGUGGUGGCCAUAGCAAAUGCAGGGCUUCUUCAUCUUCUUCUCCACCCACUCUCACUCCUCUUCUUCCUCUGCGGCCCCCAGGGGCUUUCAGCCUGCCUCUGACCUGGGGCUCCUCAGAAAAUCAAGAUGUGGAGCAGGACACAGAGCCCUCACCCUCUGAGGAAGAAAUGCAAGAGGAAGAAGAUAGUCCAAGUAACACUGCAGGCAGUAGUCAGGCUCCUGUAGAGGUGGAUCAGAUGGCAAAGCAGCAGCAUGGUGUGUGUGUGGCACAAGAGCUGGCCUGCUCCCUGUGCAAGCAACUGUUUAGCAGCCUGUUCCAGCUGAGGCAGCAUGAGUACCGCCACACAUUCUCAUUAAUGCAGCUCUCUGUGGACUGCUUUGAGCCACGGCACCCCCCCAGUGCCCGCUACCGGUGCUCCCGCUGCCCAGCUAGCUUUACACUCAAAUCCAAUGCCUACCGCCAUGAGAAGACAAUUCACUUCAAGUGCAAGCUCCUACAGUGUACCUACUGCCUCAAGCACUUUCGUGACCGCACCGAUCUCAAUCGUCACCUCGCGUCUGUUCACUCAGGAGAGCGAGGCUAUGCAUGUCCAUUCUGCUGCCGUGCCUUUGCAACACAGAAGAACCUGGUCACUCAUGUCAGGCUCUGCUUACAGGUGGAUGCCUCUCCUGCCAAGCCACUUUCCAGCCCCCAUAACAGAGACUGACCCUGUCCUUUUUCAUUUGCCACCUAAAUGAUCAUUUUAGCCUGUAGGUUAUAAUGAAGACAGCAAAGCAUCAUCAUCUACUCAGGGGUCCGUUUUGGCAAGAGCAGUGAGAUUUGUACAAGCUCUGUCCAAAAUACAUACCAGACAUGUACAAAAGAAAGAUUUUUGUACAAAUGUUAAUUUGUGAAUUAAAGUCUAUAUUUCAUAUUAUCAAGUAUUUUUAUAUGAUUACUGUACAUGCACAUGCACCAAUUGUAUAAGGACGACUUACUAUACAAAGACAAAGAUAAGUACCUUAUUUUGUUGCCAUGUAUAUGGGUUUGGGGAAUUUAUACUGUGAAAUGACAGUAUUUGUACUGUAGUAAUGAGUACAAGUGCUCUCAUUGUUUGGCUUUGUUCUCAAACUAUCAUCCUGUUCACUUUGCCUGUCUUAAGUAAGUAAAACAAGUUUCUGCCUCAGUAGUUCUACCUCAUAGGGUCCAUCUAAGGGAUUCUCACAGACGUGUGCAAAAUAUAUGAUCUUUAAUUGUCUUAAAAUCUAUGGAUCUUAACCCUUAAAAUAAACUGUAUUCAUGUGAGAAUUUUGUUUGUUUUGUUUUUGUAGUUAUUAGUUUUGUAGUUACUUGAUAUUAGUUAAUAUAUAUUGCUUUCUUAGGUUAUGGUCUUAGGAUAUUGCUUUAAUAUAUUGCUUUAAUGGGUUACGAUGGCUGGUGAUAUAUUUGUAGUCACUACCAACCAAGGUUAUUAUCAUUAAUGAAAACUACCACGAAAACAAAACUAUUAGUGAAAAAAACAUUUUUGUUAGGGAUUAGGAGGCUUAAGGGUAGACUUUAAAUCUGCAGGUCAGAAAUGCCGCCCCAAACCCCCCCGUGUCCAUCUGUAUCUGUCUGUAUAACCUCUGCAAUUGGCUGAGCUUGACCCCCACUGUGACUCACCCUUGGCCUCUGAGAUAAAGAGGAUGUUGUAUCAAAUAAUUAGUUUUGAGGACCAUGGAUACGCUAGUAAACCCUGCAAUCCUUGCUGAGCUUACUGUAGGGUUUAUGUAAGAGUCUUAAGUAGAGGACUUUUAGGAGGAAUGGUUGGUCAGUAAUGAUACACUGAAUAAUGUCCAUGUUUUUGCUUGUUCAUGGUUGUCUUUCAGAAACAAGGACUGCUGUGGAACAAAUAUGUUGCCCAAUCUUUGCAUUGAAGUUUAUGUUAAACUACUUACCACAUGCAUUUUUUAACUGUAAUGUAUGUAAUGUAAACCAUUCAAUUCAAUAAAAUUUUUAUUUGUAUAGCGCUUUUAACAACAGACAUUGUCACAAAAAGCAGUUUUACAAAAUUAAAUACAUUCAGGAUAUAAAUUUUAAAUGUAUGAAUUUAUCAGCAAGCCAGAGGUGACAGUGGCAAGGAAAAACUAUCUAAGACAAUAGCCAAGUUUCCAUCCACUUUUUGCGCAUUUCUGUUAGACAAAGUGAAAGUGUGUAAAAAAAAAAAAGUUUGCAAUAUUUGCUGUCUCCGGCCUGUUUCCACCAAAUCGGUAUUUUAGCAAUAAAAUGGUGUGCGUAAUGACGUCUUCCUUUUAAAAAAAAACAAAUUGUUGCAUAAGUUUUGGUGUAUUGAAAAAGAAAUCUGCCCUUGAGCCAUUUCCAUAGCCUACAUAAUUUUGUGUAUAUUGCAAAUUGUGUACCUUUUGUGUCCCGCAUGUCCUCAAAUCUUUGUAAAAAGGAGAAAGUAUUGAGAUAAUUGACCAGCUUACUUUCAUUUUAAUUCCACAAAUAUUUGCAGUUGUACGAAAUAUCAGAAGACAGCGUCAGAAUGGAGCAGCUGCUUGUCUGAUAGGGCUCCAAAACUAUGAGGCCUAUGGGCAUAGCCAGGGUGGCUCAUCAGGAAAAUCGGGAGAAUUACCAGUGGGCCACUCAUGAAUUGGGCUCAUAAAAUAAGCAUUUGUUACAUUAUUGCGUGACUAAUAACUGAAGUAACAAAUUACACUACAUUUGUGUUUAAAGCACUUACAUAUGCAUUAAAAAGUGCAGUUUUCUCAUGUCACUUGGCUCAGCACACAUGCUAGCUCUCUCUCUCUCUCUCUCUCUCUCUCUCUCUCUCUCACACACACACACACACACACACACACACACACACACACACGAGUGCAUACUUAGGUCGGUACCAUGGAGAGAGCUGCACCCAUCGCAAGUUGCCACUGACCACCGGUUCCGACCCGAAAGCAGAUUGACAUCGCCCUGCUCAAGCUGGCAUCCUGCCUAUGUAGUACAGUGUAGUGGGGGAAA